AUGUCCAUUGAGUUCAAGCGAUGUCAAUUUCCAGCCCGUCUUGCCUUUGCCAUGACUAUCAACAAGUCCCAAGGCCAGACCCUUGACAAAGUUGGUCUGUACCUUCCCGACCAUGUCUUUGGUCAUGGGCAGUUGUAUGUUGCUCUCUCCCGGGUCCGAACUCCAAACUCAGUAAAAAUCAUGGUUGAUAUGAGUGUGUCUGGAACAAAUCAACUACCAAUCACUGGUUUCUUUCUUGCCAAUGAUCCUGGCAAAUUGACAAUCACCAGAGCUGCUAUAUAUCAGGCAUACAUACACUACACACUUAUACAGUACUUAAUGAAUCUUAGCUAUACACCCUUUAUAUACCAAGAUUUAAAAUCCUUAACCAGUUUGUCUAAUUGGAAUAAGAAUUUGUACAAAUGGGAUUUGUCUAUGUACUUUAACUUUGAACCUAAAUGA